AUAAAGACGAACUUAAUGACGGCGGAUAUGGUGGAGGAUACGGUUACGGAAAAAGAGAAACAGAAAAAGACCAAAUUGACGGAGGAUAUGGAUAUGGAGGAUAUGGUGGAGGAUACGGUUACGGAAAAAGAGAAACAGAGAAAGACCAAGCUGACGGUGGAUAUGGUGGAGGGUACGGGUACGGAAAAAGAGAAACAGAGAAAGAUCAAGCUGACGGCGGUUAUGGUGGAGGAUACGGUUACGGAAAAAGAGAAACAGAGAAAGACCAAGUUGACGGAGGAUAUGGAUAUGGUGGAGGAUACGGUUACGGAAAAAGAGAAAUAGAGAAAGACCAAGUUGACGGAGGAUAUGGAUAUGGAGGAUAUGGUGGAGGAUACGGUUACGGAAAAAGAGAA